UCGCACCGCGUGUUCAGUCCGCAGUUGUCAGUCGAGAGUAGGAGCUGGGUCUGAUUGGACCCACUGGCACAUCGUUCUGACGUUCUCUGAACAGGUAAACGCAGUGGCAAAAUACUUUCACCAGGAUGCUGAGAGAAACGGUUCUAGUUUUCGCGACAGUUGUCGUAUUCGCCAGUGCAACAGUAGUUAAUCAUUGCGAUUCAGAAGUUCCAUUCGAGGAUUCCACGCAAAUCAGCGUAUCUAACUGUGAGACACCUACGUGCGAAUUAAAACAAGGAACAACUGCUACCAUACAAAUCAAACUCGUGCCCAAUCGAACUAUCGAGACUUUAAUUAAUGAAGUAGGCGCUAUUCUUUUUAACGUACCUUUGCCUUUUGUCGGAGUAGACGGAACAAAUGCUUGUGAUAAUAUUUACAAACCUGAUGGCAUCACCAAAGUUGGAUGUCCACUUGAGAAAGGCGAAGAAUAUCUUUACAGAAACAGUUUUCCUAUUCUAGCAUUGUAUCCCAGAGUUGCAUUAGUGGUACGUUAUGCAUUGCGAGAAGGUAAUGACAAACUUAUAUGCUUUGAGGUACCGUCGAAAAUUACAAAAUAGACUCCAUCAAGCAUUGCACAGCAUGUGUUAUCGAAGUAGCAACCUUGGACUUACGUAAUUUAAUUAUAACCAGGGGAAGAGAGAGAGGGAAUGAAAUAAUAAUAUACAGAAUUCUCAACGCAACACAAAUA